AUGGCCGUUAUGAUCGCCGAGGAGGUCAAGCUGACACGCCCUGUAAAGCAUGAGGGGGAGGACAUGGCAGCAGAAGGGAAGGCUCGUUCUGGCCCCUCUGACGUACAACAGACAGACCUAGGUGAGAUCGUGUGUAAAUACAUCAACAGUGGGUUGUACCAAAAUACAAAACAGCCUGGCCUAGUGGGGUUACAUCUAAACACAAAACAGUCUGGCCUGACUGAGUCUGACUGUAAUAUAUUAGCGUUGAAGUUACACCUAAAUACAAAACAGUCUGGCCUGAUGGAGUCCGUCUGUCAUACAUCAACAGGAGAGUUACACCUGAAAAAGAGACUCUUUGGCCUGGGAUGUUGUAGAGAUCAUUGUGGACUUCCGGGUCGGGAUGGACGAGACGGACGGGACGGUAUUCAGGGACCGUAUGGACCACCUGGAUCCCCGGGAGAGAAGGGUCCCCCUGGACAAUCCUUCUUUAUGGAGUCCAAUCUUGAGAAGAUUUUAAACAUCUUAACAGAGAAGAUGGCUGUCAUGAUCGCCCAGGAGGUCAAGUUGACACGCUCUGUGAAGAAUAAGGGUGAGGACAUGACAGAGGAGAGACGGGCUCGUUCUGGCCCAUCCUUCAGAGAAAACACACAACAGACAGACUUAGCGGGUGCGAUCUAUACUCGCUGGGGACGGACAGAAUGUCCAAGCUAUUCUACCACUUUGUACCAAGGUUUGAUGGCCGGGUCACAUUACCAGCACAAGGGAAGCGGUGGCAACCAUUUGUGUCUUCCUCUAAAUCCUCAGUGGAACAAGACUUUUGGCGGACACCAGUCUGGAGCUUAUCUGUAUGGAUCUGAGUUUGAACUUUACAACACCAAUCCGGUCUUCCACCAGAGUAACUCGGGCGGGGAUUUCUUUCACGAAAGGGACAUUCAGUGUGCUGUCUGUUACACACCGGGCAGACCGAGUCACGUGAUGAUCCCAGCCCGCCUGGAGUGUCCAAUCGGAUGGACCGUGGAGUAUCAGGGGUUUCUCAUGGCCGCACAUCAUACUCACCGAAAGUCUGAGUACGUGUGCGUGGAUCAGGAUCCAGAUACUCACCCCGGCACCGCUAAAAACGUCAACGGCAAUCUGCUGUAUAUUGUAGAGGCUGUGUGCGGCCCACUGCCGUGUCCAAACUAUGUUGACGGUUAUGAAGUUACCUGUGUUGUUUGCACAAAAUAGGUAAAAAUCUUUGAUCCAAAACUAUUACAUAUUUUUAAUUUGGUUAACAUUUGUACGGAUUUAAUAUCUUUAUUUCAAUAGGUGUUUUAAGUCAUAAAUCUCUGUCAUAUACGAUGUCGGCGAGCUUUAACCAAUCGGCGCAGGAUGUCCACGCCAGUAAGAAGACAAACCCAUUUAAUCGGUGGCAUUUCGCACAUUAACUUCCAUGUACUGGUAUGAUAGCGUGGUAAAACUAGAGUAGUGGCCAUUGUCCCGACACUGUUAUCACGUUGGUUUUGGUGUUGUCUAUAAGACCCAUGUUCCACAGCAUUGUUGACACUUAUUUCAUUUGCUACAGAAUUUAAUGUAAAAAUGAAUAUUUCAACUGCCU